CCGCGGUGUAUUUCAGAGGCUUAAUGAUCUUUACCAAAUCAGACACAUAAAUAAAUUCAAGGACUUGCAUGAUGUGUCUUGGACCAUGGCGAAUGGAGAAUCUAAAGACCUACUGUAUAGGCAACACAGUUCAUGUUUGUUUCGUUCUCCUACUUUCUUUGUGAUUGCCGGAGGAGUGACUGACAGUGACUGUGUGUACUCUGUCCUGCCCCUCUACCAUUCCCACGGCCUCGCACACGGUGGAGGGCCUAUGAUCUACACAGGAGCCACUCUCGUCAUUAGGAAAAAGUUCUCUGCCAAACACUUUUGGACCGAUAGUGCAAAGUACAACUGCACUAUGGUGUGCACGAUUGGGGAGUUGAAUCGCUACGUGAUGACCGAACCCCCUCAACCCACUGACACACAACACAAAGUACGUCUAAUCAUCACUGCAGGACUCAGAAAAGCGCUGUGGCUGGAAUUCCAGAAACAAUUUGAAGUGGAUCACAUUAUCGAGUUUUAUGGCUCUACUGAGGGCAACUUUGGUAUCAUCAACAUUGACAACAAGCCAGGAUCUGUUGGAGCUCUCCCACUGUUUGUACCGUCCCUUCAAAACGUCACUAUCCUGAAGCUUCAUCCGGAGACUGGCGAUUACCUAAGAGAUGAGAAUGGUUUCUGUGUCGAGUGUGAUAUGAGCGAACCUGGUGAAACUGUUUGUGAAGUCUCUCCCUUCUACGGAUAUCGAAACAAAGAAAACUCGGCAAAAAAAAUUCUUAGGAAUUGUUUCAAAGCAGGAGAUGCUUUUUUCAGAACUGGAGACAUUAUGCGCAUUGACGAGGAAGGUUGGGUGUAUUUUUGUGAUCGAUCUGGGGACAUGUUUCGUUGGAAGGGGGAGAACGUAUCCACGGCAGAGGUUGAGACUCGUAUUGCUACUGUGUUGAAGUUGACAGAUGUGGUGGUGUACACGGUGUUGAGGUUCCUGGUAACGAGGGGCGUGCUGGAAUGGCUGCCAUUGUGGGGACUCUGGUCAUGCAGGGGAGCACUCUGGCUGGAUGAGACACAGAGGAGGCACUAACUGACGACAAGAAGACAAUGUUCGACUGGUGUAAGGAGGGGAAUGAAAAGAAAGUACAAUCUCUACUCUCUGACACCAAUGUCAAUCAAACUGACCAAGAGGUGAGUAGACAGGUUAAUAAUGUUAUAAUAUAGUUGUGUUGACCUAACCCCCUGGCUGUAUCCGAAUCUUGACCCCUUCGAGGAGCAUGACGAGAGGUUCGUCCAUGUUGCCCAGCUGAGACAGGAAGGUCUGGAGGCGGCCAGGCGUUCAGGGGCAGACUACCUCUUUCGGCUAGACUGUGACAACUUUCUGGUGAACAACAGGACACUACGGAUUCUGAUGGAUCAGCAAAGAUAAAUCUGCCUAUGCACAUUCUGAACACUGAGGUGUUGGGGUUCAUGGUCAAACCAGAGGACUAUGAGAGCCUGGACCACGAAAACCUUGUGGACCACCCCCCUAUACUGUACAGUCAGUACAUCUCCAGACCACCCCCUGUCAAGAACAACUUGGGGUUGGACGCGGUGUUCAUGAUUGGGCUAGUACGGAGGCCAGAAAGAAGGAACCGGAUGAUUUUAAGCCUGGCCGAGCUCAACUUCAACUACACCCUCUUUGAUGCUGUCGAUGGAAGACAGUUGAAUCAGAGCUACCUGGACAGUAUGGGCAUCAAGUACCUACCUGGCUGGAAGGACCCUUGGAGAGAACGACCUAUGACCUUUGGAGAGGUCGGCUGUUUCCUUAGUCACCACACGAUAUGGCAGCAGAUGAUGACGGAGGGUCUGGAUCAAAUCCUGAUUCUGGAGGAUGAUGUCGUGUUUGAGCCCUACUUCCGACAUGACCUCACUAGAGUGCUGGAAGAGUCCAAUCGGAUCACACCAAACUGGGACCUCAUGUGAGAGCUCUGGAGAUAUACAGUCUAUUAUUAUACGCAAUGUCCGUAUCUCGUUAGUCCAAUCUUUGCUUACAAGUAGUUCAGUGCAACACCAUAAAUAAGGCACACCUUAUAAUCAGCUGAUAGUAGUCUAGAAGUAAGAAAAUUGCUGUCUAAUUUCCUUGAACUAUAACCAUGCUAGUUUGGAUUGUCCGAACUUACAACAAAUUAACGCUAGAUUGUUGUAUAUAGAGAUGCAUUU